AUGGCAUACAGCGGGGCCCGCUGGCCAACGCCACGCUGGGCGCUGCCUUUCGGCGGCUUCGCGCUGCUUCUGCUCCUUCCAGCGGCCCCCGCGCAGCAGCCGCUCGGGGCAGCUUGCUCUCAAAAUUCAAAUAGAACCUGUGAAGAGUGCCUGAAAAAUGUCUCCUGUCUUUGGUGUAACACCAAUAAUGCAUGCUUGGACUACCCAGUUCGAAAAAUCUUGCCACCUGGGUCUCUUUGUAAAUUAAGUUCUGCACGCUGGGGUGUUUGCUGGGUAAACUUUGAGGCGUUGAUCAUUGCGAUGUCGGUGGUGGGAGGCGCCAUCCUCCUCUGUAGCAAUCUGCUGCUGCUACUGCUGCAGGGGGAAGAAGAGCCAUAA